AUUUCGUAAGAGGAAACUUAAGGUUGUCCUGGAAAUGUGAAGUCAAUACAACAUCGAUAGCUACACCUAACAGCUUGACGCGACCGCGUCUUGACCCGGCUGUCAUGUUCACCACACUCCCAGACUUUACACCGCGAGACUCGCAUUCUUUGUGGUAUAGAUCUUCCCGCAGUCCUUACACCCCACCUGGACCUCUCGACGACUUGAGCGGUGAUACACAUAACAUUCAACAUGGCGCAAACCAAGCUCGACAACGAACGAAGCUCAUUGAGCGAUCAGCUCUCGCUCGGCUGGCUGCGGAUGAACAGUACAUGCAGAGAAGACGACUGAACGUUCAGAAUUAUGGCAGCGGCUGGCUGAAACCCCCAGGUGUUCCUAAGACAUUGCACCAGAUGCGUGAGGAGAAGCGGGAGCAAGAAGAGCACCAAGAAGCAAUGCGCCGAGAACAAUUAGCUCAAGAACUAGCUGAAGCUGAAGCAGAGGGUAUGCCUGGCGAGGGUACAAUGGAUGACGUUCAGCUUGACGGAGCUCAGGAUCUAGACGAUGAGAUUCCUGAUGCUGAUGAAGAAGGCUAUGCUUUUGGCGACGACGAUGACGAAGAAGACGACGAGGAAGAGGAUGAAGAAGAUGGUGAGGAGACAGAUGAUGAAGCCCUGAGAGCAGAGCGCCAGAACGAUCUCAUGCAAGCACGUAUGAGGAUGGGCGACGACGCUUUUCGCGAGGCCCUCGUCCGCGGUGAGCCGGAUGCUAAUGACAUGUACGGCGACACGGAAGGACUCGAAGAAGAAGAGGAUAACGGCCAUCUUCUAGACGAGGAAGACUUCGCUCAAGACGAUGACCUUGGCAUGGACAUGGACGCCGAUCUUGACGAAGAUAUCCCCGAGGCUGAGAGCGGCGGCUACGAGCACACCGACUCUGAAGCCGAAAUCUCCAGUAGUGAACAAGAGCCAUCCAACGACGACGAGGAUGAUGAUGAAGACGAUGUCGACGUUAGUUUCGCACCUCGCUCUGCAACCCUCCCUCGUCCUAUGUCGCCUACCUUCCAGGGCCGUUCCAGCAUGGCACAUCCACGCGCCAGCAUGGAUCUAAGUAACCUUCUCUCGCAAGACGGCAGCAGUUUUAUGCAGAGCAGUCCCGCUGGACGACGAGCCCGUCACGGCUAGCACUUUACGACUAAUGCGACACGACCAACAGAUAGACAA